AUGGAUGACUACGGCGAGUUUCUGCCACACAUCCGGUUGGCCAAGGAUUUGAUGGAUCCGAGGAGGUACGACAGUCGUGUUCGCCCAGUGAUGAACCACUCGAAACCCACAACUGUUUCGUUUUCAAUGAGUCUAUAUCAGAUUCUUUCCAUUAACGAGAAACAGCAAAACGUUGAUUUGAACGUUUGGGCGAUUCAAAAAUGGAAUGAUGACUUUCUGGGAUGGAAUCCCUAUCUCUACGGGAUGAUUAAUACAACCAUACUGCCAUUUGACGCAAUUUGGUUGCCAGAUACUUAUCUCUAUAACAGGUUGGUGGAUUAUUUUGCAGUUGACAGUUGA